UGAUUAUUGCUGAGGUACCUCCUCUAAACAGAAGCCAUGUCUUCGGACGCCGAGAUGGCUGUCUUUGGGCCAGCUGCUGUUUAUCUUCGGAAAUCAGAAAAGGAGAGAAUUGAGGCACAGAAUAAGCCAUUUGAUGCCAAGUCAUCAGUCUUUGUGGUGGAUCCUAAGAUCUCCUAUGUGAAAGCUACUGUCCAGAGCAGGGAAGGAGGAAAAGUAACAGCCAAGACCGAAAAGGGAGAAUCUGUGACUGUUAAGGAUGACCAAGUCUUUCCUAUGAACCCUCCCAAAUAUGACAAAAUUGAGGACAUGGCCAUGAUGACCCAUCUCCACGAACCUGCUGUCCUGUAUAACCUCAAAGAGCGUUAUGCAGCCUGGAUGAUCUAUACCUACUCAGGUCUCUUCUGUGUCACUGUCAAUCCCUACAAGUGGCUGCCAGUGUACAACCCUGAGGUUGUCAGUGCAUACAGGGGCAAAAAGCGUCAAGAGGCUCCUCCCCAUAUCUUCUCCAUCUCUGACAAUGCCUAUCAGUUCAUGUUAACUGAUCGGGAGAACCAGUCAAUUCUGAUCACUGGAGAAUCUGGUGCUGGAAAGACUGUGAACACGAAACGUGUCAUCCAAUACUUUGCAACAAUUGCAACUACAGGUGAUAAGAAAAAGGAAGAGGCAGCACCCACACCUGGCAAAAUGCAGGGGACCCUUGAAGAUCAAAUCAUCAGUGCCAAUCCCUUGCUGGAGGCUUUUGGAAAUGCCAAGACUGUGAGGAAUGACAACUCCUCACGUUUUGGUAAAUUCAUCAGAAUUCAUUUUGGUACCACAGGCAAACUGUCUUCUGCUGACAUUGAGACAUAUCUUCUGGAAAAAUCCAGAGUUACUUUCCAGUUAAAAGCAGAAAGAAGCUACCACAUUUUUUAUCAGAUCAUGUCCAACAAGAAGCCAGAACUCAUUGAGAUGCUUCUGAUUACCACCAACCCUUACGACUUUGCAUUUGUCAGUCAAGGAGAAAUCACUGUCCCCAGCAUAGAUGAUCAAGAAGAACUGAUGGCCACAGACAGUGCCAUUGACAUUCUGGGCUUCAAUGCUGAUGAAAAGACAGCCAUUUAUAAGCUUACAGGAGCUGUAAUGCACUAUGGGAACAUGAAGUUCAAGCAGAAGCAACGUGAGGAGCAGGCUGAGCCAGAUGGCACUGAAGUUGCUGACAAGGCUGCCUACCUCAUGAACCUCAACUCAGCAGACCUGCUUAAAGCUCUGUGCUAUCCUCGAGUCAAAGUUGGUAACGAGUAUGUCACCAAAGGCCAAACUGUCCAGCAGGUGUACAAUUCUGUUGGUGCUUUGGCAAAGGCUGUCUUUGAAAAGAUGUUUUUGUGGAUGGUCGUUCGUAUCAAUCAGCAGUUAGAUACCAAGCAACCAAGACAGUACUUCAUUGGUGUUCUGGAUAUUGCUGGCUUUGAGAUCUUUGAUUUCAACAGUCUGGAGCAGCUGUGCAUCAACUUCACCAAUGAGAAACUGCAACAGUUCUUCAACCACCACAUGUUUGUGCUGGAGCAAGAGGAGUACAAGAAGGAAGGGAUUGAUUGGGAGUUCAUUGACUUCGGAAUGGACUUGGCUGCCUGCAUUGAGUUGAUUGAGAAGCCAAUGGGCAUUUUCUCCAUCCUAGAGGAAGAGUGCAUGUUCCCCAAGGCGACUGACACAUCUUUCAAGAACAAACUCUAUGACCAGCAUCUUGGUAAAUCAAACAAUUUCCAGAAGCCAAAACCUGCCAAAGGCAAAGCAGAGGCCCACUUCUCCCUGGUGCACUAUGCUGGGACUGUGGAUUACAACAUCAGUGGCUGGCUGGACAAGAACAAGGACCCCCUGAAUGAAACUGUUGUGGGGCUGUUCCAAAAGUCAUCCAUGAAGACCCUGGCCUUAUUGUUUGCUGAUCGUCCUGCUGAAGCUGAGGGCGGUGGUAGUAAGAAGGCUGCUAAGAAGAAGGGGUCUUCCUUCCAGACCGUCUCUGCUCUCUUCAGGGAGAACUUAAACAAGCUGAUGUCUAAUCUGAGGAGUACCCAUCCUCAUUUUGUGCGCUGCCUCAUUCCCAAUGAAACUAAAACUCCUGGUGCUAUGGAACAUGAGCUUGUGCUACAUCAGCUGAGGUGUAAUGGUGUACUGGAAGGCAUCAGAAUUUGCAGAAAGGGAUUCCCCAGCAGGAUCAUUUAUGGUGACUUCAAACAGAGAUACAAAGUUUUAAAUGCAAGCGCCAUCCCAGAGGGACAGUUCAUUGAUAGCAAGAAGGCUUCAGAGAAACUUCUUGGAUCCAUUGAUGUUGAUCACACCCAGUAUAAAUUUGGCCACACCAAGGUGUUUUUCAAAGCUGGCCUCCUUGGUACUCUAGAGGAGAUGAGAGAUGAGAAGUUGGCACAAUUGAUUACACGUACGCAAGCCGUGUGCCGUGGCUAUGUGAUGAGGCUGGAAUUCCAGAAAAUGAUGGAAAGGAGGGAGUCCAUCUUUACAAUUCAGUACAAUAUCCGUUCAUUCAUGAAUGUCAAGACCUGGCCUUGGAUGAAGCUGUACUUUAAGAUCAAGCCUCUGCUGAAGAGUGCCGAGUCUGAGAAGGAGAUGGCCAACAUGAAGGAAGAGUUUGAGAAAACUAAGGAGGACCUUGCCAAGUCAGAGGCCAAACGGAAGGAACUGGAAGAAAAAAUGGUGUCUCUGAUGCAAGAGAAAAAUGACUUGCAGCUCCAAGUCCAAGCUGAAUCAGAUGGCUUGGCAGAUGCUGAGGAGAGGUGCGACCAGCUGAUCAAAACCAAAAUCCAGCUGGAAGCCAAAAUUAAAGAGCUGACGGAACGAGCAGAAGAUGAAGAGGAAAUGAAUGCUGAGUUGACAGCCAAGAAGAGGAAGCUGGAAGAUGAAUGCUCAGAGCUGAAGAAAGACAUUGAUGAUCUUGAGUUGACACUGGCCAAGGUUGAAAAGGAAAAGCAUGCCACUGAGAAUAAGGUGAAAAACCUUACUGAGGAGAUGGCAGUUUUGGAUGAGAACAUUGCCAAACUGACCAAGGAAAAGAAAGCCCUCCAAGAAGCCCAUCAACAGACCUUGGAUGACCUGCAGGCAGAAGAGGACAAAGUGAAUACUCUGACCAAAGCAAAGACCAAGCUGGAGCAGCAAGUGGAUGAUCUUGAAGGGUCUCUGGAGCAAGAAAAGAAGCUCCGCAUGGACCUUGAAAGAGCCAAGAGGAAGCUUGAAGGAGAUCUGAAGCUGGCCCAGGAAUCUACAAUGGAUUUGGAGAAUGACAAACAGCAGCUGGAUGAAAAGCUUAAGAAGAAAGACUUUGAAAUCAGCCAACUCCAAAGCAAAAUUGAAGACGAGCAGGCCUUAGGCUCUCAGCUUCAGAAGAAGAUCAAGGAGCUACAGGCCCGAAUUGAAGAACUGGAGGAGGAGAUUGAGGCAGAACGUGCCUCUCGGGCCAAAGCAGAGAAGCAGCGGGCUGAUCUCUCCAGGGAACUUGAAGAGAUCAGUGAGCGUCUGGAGGAAGCUGGUGGGGCAACAGCAGCUCAGAUUGAGAUGAACAAGAAACGCGAGGCAGAAUUCCAGAAGCUGCGCAGAGACCUUGAAGAGGCUACUCUGCAGCAUGAAGCCACUGCAGCUGCCUUCCGCAAGAAGCAUGCAGACAGCACAGCUGAACUUGGGGAACAAAUUGAUAACCUGCAGCGCGUGAAACAGAAGCUGGAGAAGGAAAAGAGUGAGCUGAAGAUGGAGAUUGAUGACCUUGCCAGCAACAUGGAAUCUGUCUCUAAGGCUAAGUCAACUCUUGAGAAAUUAAGCCGCACCUUAGAAGACCAGCUCAGUGAACUUAAAGCAAAGGAGGAAGAACAUCAGCGCACAAUCAAUGAUCUGAGUGCCCAAAAGGCUCGUCUGCAAACAGAAACAGGUGAAUUAUCACGCCAGGUAGAGGAAAAAGAUUCGCUGAUCUCUCAGCUCUCAAGAGGCAAGCAAGCCUUUACCCAGCAAAUAGAAGAACUGAAAAGGCAGCUUGAGGAGGAGACAAAGGCCAAGAAUGCACUAGCUCAUGGUUUGCAAUCUGCUCGUCAUGACUGUGACUUGCUGCGGGAGCAAUAUGAAGAGGAGCAGGAAGCCAAGGCUGAGCUACAACGUGCCAUGUCCAAGGCCAACAGUGAGGUUGCCCAGUGGAGGACCAAAUAUGAGACUGAUGCCAUUCAGCGCACUGAGGAACUCGAAGAGGCCAAGAAAAAGCUCGCCCAGCGCCUGCAGGAUGCUGAAGAACACGUAGAGGCUGUGAAUUCCAAGUGUGCUUCCCUCGAGAAGACAAAACAGAGACUUCAGAAUGAAGUGGAGGACCUCAUGAUUGAUGUGGAAAGGUCCAACGCAGCCUGCGCAGCUCUAGAUAAGAAGCAGAAGAACUUUGACAAGAUUCUGGCAGAAUGGAAGCAGAAAUACGAAGAAACCCAAUCUGAACUGGAAGCUUCCCAGAAGGAGUCUCGCUCUCUGAGCACGGAGCUCUUCAAGAUGAAGAAUGCUUAUGAGGAGUCCUUGGAUCAGCUGGAAACGCUGAAACGGGAGAACAAGAAUCUUCAACAGGAGAUAUCUGACCUCACGGAGCAGAUUGCUGAGGGAGGAAAGGCCAUCCAUGAACUGGAGAAAGUGAAGAAGCAGAUUGAGCAAGAGAAAUCUGAAAUCCAGGCUUCUCUAGAGGAAGCUGAGGCCUCACUGGAACAUGAAGAAGGCAAAAUCCUCCGCAUUCAACUUGAGCUCAACCAGGUGAAGUCUGAGGUUGACAGGAGAAUUGCAGAGAAGGAUGAGGAAAUUGAUCAGCUGAAGAGGAAUCACCUGAGAGUGGUAGAGUCCAUGCAGAGCACACUGGAUGCUGAGAUCAGGAGCAGAAAUGAUGCCCUACGUCUCAAGAAGAAGAUGGAGGGAGAUCUGAAUGAAAUGGAAAUCCAGCUGAGCCAUGCCAACCGCCAAGCUGCCGAGACAUUCAAGAACCUCAGAAACACACAAGGACUGCUCAAGGACACACAACUUCAUUUGGAUGAUGCCCUAAGAAGCCAGGAAGACUUAAAGGAGCAGGUGGCCAUGGUGGAGCGCAGGGCUAACCUGAUGCAGGCUGAGAUUGAAGAGCUCCGGGCAGCCCUGGAACAGACAGAAAGGGGCAGGAAAGUGGCUGAACAGGAACUCCUGGAUGCCAGUGAACGUGUGCAGCUCCUCCACACACAGAACACCAGCUUGAUCAAUACCAAGAAGAAGCUGGAAACAGAUAUUGCCCAAAUCCAGGGUGAAGUGGAAGAGACAAUUCAGGAGGCACGCAAUGCAGAAGAGAAGGCCAAGAAGGCCAUCACUGAUGCAGCCAUGAUGGCAGAGGAGCUGAAGAAGGAACAAGACACCAGCGCUCACCUGGAGAGGAUGAAGAAGAACCUUGAGCAGACCGUGAAGGACCUGCAGCUCCGUCUUGAUGAGGCAGAGCAGCUGGCAAUGAAAGGUGGCAAGAAGCAGCUCCAGAAACUGGAGGCUAGAGUACGGGAAUUAGAAGGAGAAGUUGAGUCUGAGCAGAAGCGCAGUGCUGAUGCUAUUAAGGGAGUACGCAAAUAUGAGAGACGGGUAAAAGAGUUGACCUACCAGUCUGAGGAAGACCGGAAAAAUGUUCUUAGGCUCCAGGAUCUGGUUGACAAACUGCAGCUGAAAGUGAAAGCAUACAAGAGACAGUCUGAAGAAUCAGAGGAGCAAUCCAAUGUGAAUCUUUCCAAGUUCCGCAAGAUUCAGCAUGAACUAGAAGAGGCUGAGGAAAGGGCUGAUGUUGCUGAGUCCCAGGUCAAUAAGCUCAGGGUGAGGAGCCGAGAAGUGCAGAAGAAAGUUGUAAGCGAAGAGUAAGCUCACCGAGAAGCGUCAGAGUGAUUGAAGAAAUGCACAAAAUGUGAAGUUCUUUGUCACUGUUAAGUCCUGUUUAUUUUGUUAUCAGUUUCUAGAAAAUAAAGAUUUGUAGAUUCCUUGGCAUACUGAA